AUGAUUCAACCUCAAACCCAUUUGAAUGUAGCCGAUAACAGCGGAGCCCGCCAAUUGAUGUGUAUUCGAAUCAUAGGAGCAGGUAAUCGACGAUAUGCUUCUAUUGGUGACAUUGUUGUUGCUGUAAUCAAGGAAGCGGUACCAAAUAUGUCUUUAGAAAGAUCAGAAGUGAUUAGAGCUGUAAUUGUACGUACUUGUAAAGAACUUAAACGUAGCAAUGGCAUGAUAAUACAGUAUGAUGAUAAUGCCGCGGUUGUCAUUGUGAGAAUUUUAGGGGGGAUGGAAAUUGUCAUUAUUUCUACUUCGAGAGGUACAAUGACAGAUCGAGAGGCUCGAUUAGAACGAAUCGGCGGAGAAGUUUUAUGUUAUAUAUGGUAA